CGAAGAUCGGUUUGAAGUGCAUGACCAGUGCUUCAACGUGAACGUGUUGAUCGUUACUAUCUACUACUUUGGUAAAUUUGAAGAUUAUACAGAUAGCAGCUGUACUUCCUUUGUAGAGAUUCAGAAGAACAUCAAAAAUCGACUACCACACCAUGGCACCUCCAAAGCGCGUCCUCUCGUCUCUGCUGCUUGCAACGGUUCUCCCUGCACCUGCAGCUGGGUUCAUUUUUGAAUUCCGAAAGGAUCCUGUGCCGCUCAGUGGCAGCUACUGGAUCCUCUCACAGGUAGCCCUACAAGAUGACGCAACGUCAAAGCAAAAGCCAGAAGUUACCUUGGAUCUGCAGACUGUGGUAAAUCAAAGGCGUUUUUUUAUGAACAAGUAUGCAUAUUGGGCAAAGCAGUAGUUAAGAUCAAAAAGGACGAAGAGGAGGUUUUCUUUUUUGUAUUGGUUCUACCCAAGAGCAUGCUGGAAGAUCAUUUUUUUUCACAUUCUUUGUGUACUAACCAGGUAGAGAACGCUGCAGCUGCUCCGUCUAUCACUGAGAAAAUGGGAAAUGUGCAAGUCGGCUUCGUUCACAGCGCCGUUUUUGAUAGUCUGGCUGAGAGUGAAAGCUUUUGUUGCCGGAAAGCAGACAACUGCGAUCACGGAGCAAAUUCAUUCUCAAUAACCAGCAAGAACAGUACUUUUUUUGACUUGUCAUUCGUUGGUUCCCAAUAAAUAUCAAUGUUUUCGUUUUGUAUUUUUUGACCAUCUUAUUUGUUUACAUUACAGGAAACCAAACUUCUAUCAUCACCUCCAAUCCACCUAUCAGAGCCUGGAGGCCACAGCGCGUAUUCGACGACGUUGAAGGAGACAAAUAAGAAGACCUUCCAAGUAAAAGGCGGCACGUACUAUCUUUUCAUCUCAAACUGCGGCGACUCUCCUCUAGCGGGCCUCAAGGUCACCGGCAAAGUGACGGGGAUGAUUACGAUUUAUUUAUCUAGAUGAAAAGGCACAUAUGAAUUUGAUACAGCACUACAUACAAGAUCCUGCUGAAGGCUUGUUUAGCUGUAAACGACGUUCUUAAGUAGGGCGAGCGCCGGGUAGAAGUCGCCAGGGAAAUCAAACAAGCAGCCUUCUCUAAUGUCUGUAGUUUCGGAUACCUGGCAGUGCAAGAACUAAUGCGACGCGAUGUCGUGAAGUACUUCGGCAUUGCCACGCUUGCAUUUGCCCUUCUCUUUAUGAACUGAUUUUUUGUAGAAGAUACGACGAGCAUACAGCACUAGACUCUCGUCAAUAAUGAGAUACAAAUAGGUACGUAUGGAGCCGGGUCGAAUUCGUCAGGGAAAUCUUAGGCAGAUUGCCGAGUAGAUUUACAUCAUCAGGCACGUAUGGAGCCAGAAUCUCUUACCAUUCUGAAGUUUCGCCAGUAAAAAAGAAUGAGAAUGAUAAUGGACUUUGUUUUCAUGAGUAAUAAUUCCGCCACAAGUCACACAAACCACAAGCCGUCUAUCUAGAUGCAGAAUAUGACAGGAGUUUCCUUCAUUUUCGAUGCGCUCUACAUUGGAGCGUUUUCGGUCUCAGACGGCAGAGCAGUCAAGUACACCUUAUUCCUGACCAUGGCAGUGAGCGCAGCGAGACAACUGGGCGCAGAGGGGUACUACUAUUCCGUAUGGAACAUGUCCAACGUAGAAGGCGCCGCACAUUGGACCAGUAUCGUCUUAGCAGCGACGCAGUUCUGUCUCACGUUAUGGGCAAAAGAUGUCAGCUGUUGUUCUUCUAGAGGAGUCAACUCUUCUUUAUUUGUCUAAGGUUCUUGGAUGAACAAUGAUCGAUCAUGAAUGAACAGGGAGACGAUUGGUUCUACGAAACUAUACUAUCAACCAUGAACAAGGAAGAUUGCCUAUGCUUCUAUGUAUUUGGUAGCCCUAUCUAUACUACUAGAUUCAGCAGGGAAUAUUCUAGCAGACAAGGAUCGAUCGCUAAUCUCCGUUACACUUUACGACUUCUUGUGCAGUCAGUAUUACCACAUGAGGUACACGACAGUAGCGGACGGGAGCGCGGAGAGUGUAUUUGUUAUGUUUCUUCUGCCAUGUCUUUGUCUAUUAACACCUCUAGACUAGGCACAGUUAUCACUUAUCAAUCACCACCGUCGGAUUCAAAUAUGAAGUUGUUUACACUGCUGGGGCCUUGGCUCGAUUUGAAGUGUAAAAAUAUGAUGGAAAAGGUUUUUGGAUUGGGGUAUUGUCAGUUGCGCGUGUGCAUGAUCCCCACCUGUAUGGAUCUGUGUAUGAUGAUACCUGUACAUUUGCAGACUAUAAUCCUUUCUUCAACACUAACUCACCACAGGGCGUAGUCCUUGAAAGUGGAGCCAAAGGUGGGCCAACUUUGCAGGAAACGUUGCUGCUUGGUCUCACGAACGUCGCUGUUUUUGGCGCGACGUGCUUCACUCUGAACUCAACGCCAGGACUGGUGGACGCUAUUCGACCGCCAGCCGAAUUUUUCAAGUUAUGUCCUCAAAUUAAAAAAAAAAUGUCUGACAAUAGGAGCGGGCCUAGUUGCAUCAAUACAGCGGGCCUAGUUGCAUCAAUACAGCGGGCCUAGUUGCAUCAAUACAGCGGGCCUAGAAAGUAGAGGGUAAGUCUAUUACUUCUUGUCUCUGCAGUAUUUCCCUCCUCCCUCUUCUUCCCCUUUUUCCUUAAAGUCAUGCACUUUGCCAGUAUAUCAGAGCCUAGCGGUCUUGUUUUCUAAGUCUAGACCUUAUAAUUACACGAGACAGCCCGAAAUGUCUGACAAUAGGAGCGGGCCUAGUUGAAUCAAUACAUAUCUAAAGAUGAGGACUUAUCCUUACAGUCACACCGAAUCUUGCGCGUCUCGCAUGUUUGGCUGAUUAAGCAAACUACGCUAUUGACUAAGAAAUCAAUACUUAUACAUCAAGUAGUAUUUCUUCAAGGGGUUCCUCACGAUGGCUUUCUACAAGAAGUAGUGUUUCUUCUAUCCCUUCUUAUCCAAUCCUAGCCGGUCCCCAUACUAUUUAAGUACAACAAGUAGGCUUUCUUCAGAUGGUGCGUUAACGUUAUAUAUGAAGAUACUGUUUAACCCAUUUCUUCCUAGCCCUCUCUUCAUACACUGCAGCCACAGCGCCUGACUCAAAGGCCACGUCGGCAGGUUCAGUUGGGACCCCGGUCAGUGGGGGUUUGCUAGGACUCACCACUGAGGAUUUUAUCUGCAUGGGGCUCAUCCUGGCCGUUGCGUGGCCGGUAAUAUUUCCCUUUGCUCAUUCAAUUGAUUCUGUCUCUUUUGUAUUUGUUUCGCCCAGAAUGUUGACUAAAAAUAUGAACGCAGCUUUACUUUUAGUUUUAUUUACAGCGGAUAAUAUCAUUUACAGCGUAUCUCGAUGACACCAGAAGUUAAACCUACCACAUAAACAUCAACACAGGUGGUGACCUUUAUCGAGCGAAAGGACUACCAAGUUUCGAAUGAUUUCACCACUCGCGUCUUCCGACCUCUGCGCACUGUCUUGUGCAUCAUCGCGAUUUCGCAGGUCGCUCUCAUUUUAUGGCCACGGCUGACAAGGAUCUAGCAUAUUAUUAAGCAGAUAUUUAUAUGAUAUACCGAGUAGAGUUUGUUCUAGACGUUUUUUACGCCUGUUAGUUUAAGGAAAUAUACUUACAUCUCAAAAGGAUGAAAUGGCUCUAAUUCACAUGAUAUUUGAGUUUGCAACUUCGACAAAAAAAUUUGAUAACGCAGAAGCCGCGGACAUCCAGACGGGCGUUACUGCGGCAUCCUACGAGGGCGGUACUAGUUUACUGGAUUUAUUGUUCUUGUAGAGCAGAGAGUUUCUUGAAUUCUAAGGCCAAUGAAAUUGUAGAGCAAAGACUAUAUUUUAGUUUGUUUUGAUUGAAGUAGGAGGUCAUAAUAUGCAUGGUCUAGUGCUUCUGCGGACGUCCUCAAAAAAUUUGCACGGUUUUGGAUCGACAUGGAUCACAACAUACUAGAGGAAUCCCACGACAACCACAAUUGAAUUAGGUAUUUUGUGUUGGUACGUUGUGGUAGCGUUUUACUUGUAUCGUUGGGAUUCGCGAACGGGAGAAGCUAAUUACUCCGUUGUUUCCGAGAAGGACCUAGAACUGGCAACCAGGGUGGAUUUGAGCGAUGAAGAUGCAGCAGUCGAGGCUUACGAUCCGGACAAGCUCGCUUCCCAAUACGAGAAGCAGGGAGAAGCACGACAACUGGAGUGAAGUUCUUCGUACAACAAGCGAACUACUCACACAUUUCUUCAACAAUGAGGAUAUGACGAACAACAAGAAGAACGGGCACUUGUUAAAUAGAUGUUUUUCUAAAAGCAGGACGUGCUGUUCAUGUACUAUUGUACUUCAUAAUACUUAUCAUAUCAUAUAGUUGAUGCUUGGUAGUUGUGUAGACUUUUGCCCAAUCAGGUUUUGUUACGAAUCAAAUUUUUCCCCGAAUCAAAAAAGAUGGGAACGUUCCAUUAUACAGACUACCUUUACGUUUACUACUGCUCGUACUGUACCGCCUCCACAUUGCUUGUAAAAUCUCUGCACUUGUGACGAGAAUCGAUGAUAGUCGCAAUAAGAGAUUCGCAACAAUUUAUCCCAACGUCAAUCACGAGCAAGAACUGAUUUCUUCAUUCUGCCCCGCAACGCCUCCAGAGGCACUAGGUAAGUAAGAUUAUAUUUGGUACACGAACAGACCUCCAAGUCAGAUAAUAUUCCACAGGUUGUUGCUGGGUUGAAAAAUCUGUAUAAUCACACUAUGACUUACACGGUUCUAUUCGAACCCACUUCGUCCUAGCAGGUGCGGCUUGGCCGCGAAGCAGUGGACCCUCAACCUUGACCGUAACCUUAAAAGAGAGGAUGUAGAACAACACACGCUUAAAAGAGAGGCGGAAGUACACAACCCUGCUACCCAAUCAAGUGAGUAAACUCUCUCAUCUUACUAGAAGGAGAUGGUAGAGCGACUCCAGUAGUGCAGGAAGCUGGAGCUGCUGACGACGCAUAGUUGAGUAUGCAGAUCAAUGCUUACUCCUAGUUGAAGCAUGAGUCUCUAAAUUUUCUGUUGAAACUGUGCUUUUACCCAAUACUUUGGGAGCAUCUCUAUGUAUCAGAGUGGAGACGAAUGUCUGUAGCCAGAUCCGUUGCCCUCUUCUGUUCUCUGCGAAGAUCGGUUUCCGAUCAUCCCGUCAGUGCCCCAGGCCCAUUUUUCACUUUGUCGUGAUUGUAGGUAUUGAAUCGAUCAAAGUAGCUUUUCUUUGCGUCACCGCCCUCUAUUAUGAUUUUUCGCUUUAUAUUUCUUCCAUGUGAAAGAAUAUUGUUGGAAUAAAGAGAAAACCAGGACUAGUGUUACCAACUACAAUCACUUGUUGUGAAUUCACAAUUGAAAGGACAGGAAAACUAAAGCCCAGUACCCGCUUUAAGCUAAACAACAGUUACCUGCCUAUCAUCGCGCAACUUGGCGCCAGGCCGCUAAAGAAACUGCGGAUUUCGUUCCGGCACUCCUGUGGAUAUUUGGUCGGCUCGUGGCGUUGCCGUUGGUGAAGUUUGAGCACUGCCUGUGAUCAAUGAACGACGUGAAUUUGGUGCUCUACUACUGCAUGUUCAAUAAAC